AUUCUAUAGCAGAACUGUUUUCUAAUGAAAAGGUUGCAUCACAGCCCAGCGUCAGUGUUGAAGGUGGUAUUUUCCCGCUCAAUCCUAUUAAUGCCGUCCAGCACUGAGACUUUGCUAGAAUGAACUGGAGGAGGGACUGAUGGGAUUAGCCUGAAUAGACACUAUAAGAGACUGGAGUAAAUCUCCACAGUCACACACAUGAAGCACAGACUGACCCACAUCCAGCACCAAGGACUGCGUCAACUACAUCUUCUGCCAGCAAUAAAACAACAAACAACGAAAUAAAAUGACACAGAAAAAGGUUGCACCAACAGUCCAAACUGUUGAAGGAAACAUGCCUCCGAGCUAUGAAGAGGCAAAUGCAGGAUGUCCUGGUUACUGCUAUGGUGAAGGAACUUUUUCCUGGGAUGACUUGUAUAUUAGACGUGUUUAUUCAAUUCUGAUGCUGCAGCUCUUUUCAACAGUAGCAGUUAUUGCUCUCUUCACAUUCUAUGCUCCAGUGAGGAUAUACAUCCAGACACAUCCUGUUUUAUACUCAAUCUCCAAUCUUCUGUUUCUUGUCACAUAUAUCUCAUUGGCUUGCUGCGGUGAUUUGAGGAGGCAGUUUCCAUGGAAUCUUAUUCUUCUUACAAUCUUUACUCUGAGCAUGGCUUGCAUGUUGGGUUUUAUCUCUAGUUUCUACAACACCAAGUCUGUAGUGCUGUGCAUUGGCAUCACUGCCACAGUGUGUCUGUGUGUCACCAUCUUCAGCUUUCAGAGCAAGAUUGACAUCACCUCUUUCCAAGGUCUUCUCUUCAUUCUGUGUAUGGUCAUGUUUUUCUGUGCUAUUGUCAUGGGAUUUGUGGUUCCAUUUGGCUAUGUUCCCUGGUUACAUGCGGUCUACGCCAGCAUAGGAGCUAUUGUCUUCACUAUGUUUCUCGCUUUUGAUACACAGCUGUUGAUGGGGACCAAGCAAUAUGCAAUGAGCCCUGAAGAAUAUAUCUUUGCAACACUCAGUCUCUACCUGGAUAUUGUGUACUUGUUCACGUUCCUGCUGCAGUUGUUUGGUAAUGGUAGAUAAUGAGCCAUGCAUAUGUUGUAAUAAAGUCCGUCAUGUACAAUACUGAUAGCUAAUGUUUCAAACUGUUCUGCAACCUCACCAUUUUUAGAACAACACAUUGCCUUUUAUUUAUAGUUAGUUUUAAAGAAAAUCAACUCUGUAUGAAUGUUUUCUCAGGUACUGAAAUAUGCACUUCAUGAGUUAUUCAAAGGUCAAAGUCAAAAACUUGUCAUGUGACUGACUAAAUCAAUCUGACUAUAUGCUGUCCCAAAAUAUGUUAGGAUUCAUUUUAAAAGUAAAGUAAAAUUACAAAUUAAGAUUAAAAAUGUCCAUCAAAUCUGGGCUUUUAUCAUGAACUAUUGGCUUAAAGGGAGCUACAAAAAUGAAGUAAGGCCUUUUGCUUAUAACAAAUUAUUUUGUUUAUAUUACUCUUGUGUCUCAAUAACAAUUUUCACUCAGCUAGUUGUUGAAAGUUCAGAUAGUUGAGUUUAUAUUAAGCUCUAUUAUUUUCAUACCAAUAAUCUGUGUAUUUUUAUGUAUAUAUAAAUGUUAUGCAGUCAUUAAAUUUUAAUAACUGUGUAAAAAUUAAGUGCAAAAAACAUAUAUACAAUAUUCUGAAACUCUGUCAUAUAAAUAUUUGAUUAUCACAAAUUGUCAUUGUGAGAUCAUUCAUUUUGCAAUGUAUUGUAGUAUUGUAACUUUAACAUCCUAACCUUUUAGGUAAUAGCUUUCGAAGUUUUUUACUUUAAAAAAUAAAAAUGUAAAAUGACGAGUUCUUGUUACCUUGCUAAUAUGAGAAAGCUAGAAAGACUGGACAAAAGAAGAAGAAUGAAUAUACGAAUGUCAGUACAAGUUUAAUCGCGAUGAAUUUGUAGUGCUGUAGUGUAAUGUUUACGAAAAAUAAAUAAAUGA